AGUGAGACAGCAGCGCCCCCUAGCGGUCGGUGAAAGCGCUGGUGAGGAAAGUGAAAGAUCUCACACCUGUACACACAAAAGUCACAGCUCGCGUCAAAUAUAAACAAACAUAUCGGAAAGAUCGUGUACUGCUGUGAGCAUCUACAAACAGGUCGUCAUUAAAUCGUGUCAGAUGGUUCCGCUGCUGAAGGACAUUCAAUUGCUUAACUCGGAGACCUUGAACUGACAGGAGACAACAAACAAGUGGUUGAGUCAAGUUUGGAAAGAUUUUAAGAAAAGAAACGUCAGCAUGAAGCAUAAACAGUCUAGAGUAAUGUUGUGGGCUAGAGAUCAAUGCAAUGACCAUGUCAUAUACAUGUGCAUUCAGUGGUGCUGCUAACCAAUCCAGGCAUCGUGUCUUGCCAUGCAAAAUGCCAUAAACACUUUUUAACAAUAUUUUGCUUCACUAGGUGUAGUGAUAGGUUAGAAUAUCUAUAUAAAAUGCAUAGUAGGUGCAUUAUAUAUUUACUCUAGCUUUAACAUUUGAGAAACAACUCUGUGACUAACCUAUUCUGGAAUGUCAAUUUCAAAGUGAUAAAGAAGUGAAUAAUCUUUAUGUAUUCAGUUGUAAAACUGUAAUGAAUCAAGUCAAGUGCCUGUUAGUUUACCAGACAUCAGAGAAGUAAGCAGUUGAGAUCAACAUGGAGCCAAAACCAUUUGGUGUCAGCCUUAAACCAACAGGGGCUGAUGCCGUGAGGGAUAAAAGUUUUACAAGCACAUCUUCAAGCUCCAUACGAACCUCAGCAUCAAUCCAUACACCACUCAAGCCAGUAAAAGUUCAGGACCUCAAAGCGAUGUUUGACAGUGAGAAGAAGGGAGCUGGAGCUGCUGCACAGACUUCACAAGGGAGCAGAUCAGGCCAGUCGAGCCCUAGGUCUGGGGCAUCUAGUCCUAGAUCUGGUGCCACAAGUCCGAGGUCAGGAGCAUCUAGCCCUGGGCAUGCUGUGCACUUGGGCAAAAAGAGUGAAACUGUUCUGAACACCACCUCUAAUGUCAGGACGGUUAAAAUUUUAGGGCCCAGCAAUGCUUCUGAGUUGACAACAGUUAAGACAAACUAUGGUAAGUCAUCGUUGGGUGCUGACACCAGUAAAUCUAUGAACACUCGUGCUGUUGAGUCUGUUAGUACACCUUAUACUUCGUCAUUUGGGUCUUCAUCUAAGGAUAAUUCAUUUCCUAGCAGAAUAAAUUUUUCAACUUCCACAUCAUCAUCACUUGUUUCUAAAUCAGACUUAAAGAGCAACAUGUCGAAACUAAGUGAUGGGACUGAAAAUAGAGCCAGCACUUCUGCACGUCAGUGGAUGUCAAAAAGUGUUGAUGUGACUGCUUCUGAUACAAAACUGGGAAGUUCAGGAUUGAGACUGUCAGGACUGAAGACAGCAGAGAAUAAUAGUCAGAACAGGGUGGAGAUUCCUGUGCAUCAUAUGACAGGCUCAAGCAAUAAAUCAUCCUCUCUUCCCAGCACUUUCACUAGUGGUAGGAGAAUUGGGGGAACAACUUCAGCAACCUCUCCUGCCAGGUUGUCCAGUGGUGAGAGUGUGACAUCAGCAGUUAAAUCUUUUCAGCAAGCUCCAAAUAGUCUAGCAGCAGACAAGAAGAAUACUUCGGCAGUUUCAAUAACAACCAACAAGCAGGUAUUGAAAAAAUCUUGUGGUCAGACUCCUGCAGACAACAAGAAAAGUAGUUCUCACCUGGAAGCUAAGGAGAUUCUCAUAAAAAAAUUGCCAUCAGCUUUGAUCAAACCUGAACAGACAAGUUUGCAGGUUACAAAAAUGAGUGGAAGACAGUCUUCAACUACGGGUAAUGUGGGUACUGGGAAUAAAAAAACAGAUAAGACAGAAAAAUCCAAAGAUCAGGAUACUUCUGUCUCUCGUAUUGUUUCUGUUCGUAAACUUAGUAAUGAGCGCUUUGAGAGACUGAAAUUUGACUUUGAGCGAGGGGUGCCCACGGAGGGUCAGGAGCUGAAGGGUUUAUCUACCACUGACCACAUCGAACUUCAGCUUAAGGCUCGUGAGCUGAAUGCAGUCAAAGAUAAUGUGACAGAAACAGAAAAGUUAAAGAAGGAGGAGUCCAUAUUUGCACAGGGGAUGAAAGUGUCAGAUUUUGUGAAGCAUAUCAACACUGUGCAUCCACCCUCUCAGACAACUGGAGAAAAGAAGUGGACACCAGUCAAAAUACAUCGAGCAGUGUCAGAGCCAACCAAUGUUGGGGAAAAUGAGUAUAUUGAAAUGCCAGAGGAAGGUGACCAGGAGGGAAUUUACGAAUAUGUUGAAGAUCCUUCAGGUGGAAGUAAAGUGGACAGAGAUGGAGAAGAAACCGAAAAGGGCGGCUGGUUAUAUAGUGGAAUGGACUAUCUCAAGGGCUGGGCUCGCAAGUUGAAGGAAAAAGGUCGGCAGGCAAGUCUAAAGGUCAAGAAGUCCAGUUCUUUGCCUAGGGAGGGUCCGGUGAGCAAGACAGAUGAGGCUGAUCAUGAUGAUCAGGUGAACUUAUCUGAUGGUGAUUCCUGUGCAUCAGACCACAGUAGCAGCACAGAAUAUGAGCCUGUAGAGGGCGAGAAUUUGUAUGAAGACCCUGAAGUUUUAGAACUCUCAGGCAGUGACAAGAGGAAAGAUGAUGACAAGAAGUCUUUGGGUGUCAAGCUGAAGAAGAAUGUAGACAAAGCCACCCACUACCUCAACAAAAUAGGAACCAAGUUUAACAAAAAGAGAGGAAAGGAGGCUGAGGUGACCUACAUUGUUAACCCUAGUGUAGCCACUGACUCUGAGGCUGAGGUCAUGGAUGAAGAGGAUGGAGGGGAGAUGUCUUCCCUGUCAAGAACCAGCAGUGAGCGUAGCAGUGGUCAUAUAACUCGCCACAAGGACAAGGAGCUCAGUGUGGAGAUCCCCAAGGUGACUGUAGAAGAUGAGGAGCUGGCAUUAUCUACACCACCACCACCGCUACCACCACGAGCCUCCAAAAUCUUGGCACAGACUGGGAUGGAGCAUUCACCCCCACUUCCUCCUCGUAACCCCAAUCUUUCUUCCUCAACACCUCAUUCUAUUUUGGAUGUCGUUGUGCCCGUCACACCUUUACACACACCAGGAGAUCGCAGGAGCAAAAAAUCAGAUCACUUUAAUUUUGGCAAAGAAAAUUAUGGAGAUGCACAUUCGGAUAUCCACUCGGACAUCGAGUGUCCAGACUAUGAACUUGCUAAACCAGAAUCUUACUUAGAUUAUGACCCAGCAUCACCACGGAUGGAAAAAAAGGAACGGUGGCGUACAAGUGGCAUAUAUCGGCUGUGGCGCUAUAUCAAAAAUGCUGGAACUGGUGAUCCAAAGAUGUCAAGCAGUUCCUAUAUUUAUCCAGACAACAUCUCUGAUUGGCCAAAACUGCAUGGAGAGAACAGUGAUGACGAGGAGCUGUAUAUUGAACUUGAAGAUGAUCAGAUCUAUGGACGUCAGGAUAAGGUAUUCAGCACCAAGUUUGAGAGUGAACCUCUUUAUCAGUGGUAUGCAAAGGACAAAAUCAUCUCCUCCAAGCGUCAACUUUCAGCUUCUGAUGUUUCAGAAGAAGGUGAUACUUCUGGGGAUGAGCGGUCAGCUCACAGAGGUUCAGAAGUUUAUGAGGAUGUUGAACGCCUGCUUAAGAAGUCCAGCACGCGGCGUGGCAAGGUGGAUGAGCAGUUUGAGCGUAAUGCACCAGCACGGCGAUCUGUCAUCAUGGAUGUCUUCAGCAAGUCUGGCACCUUACAUAGGGCACUUUGGUGUGAGAUGCCAGAGGUCAUCCGCAGUGGUAUUUUGUCUACUAUGGAUCCACAAGAAAAAAAAAUUCAGGAGUCCAUGUUUGAGAUCAUGACAUCAGAAGCAUCAUAUCUGAGGAGUCUAAACGUCCUCAUUAAUGUUUUCCUGAAGGCACCAGAGUUUUCGGCAGACAUGAGUGAUCGUUGUGUUAUUACAAAGCGUGAGCGGCAAUUUCUCUUCUCCAAUAUUGGAACAAUACGAGACAUCAGUGCCAAAUUUUUGGCCGACCUGGAAGCCCGGUGGCAGAAGUCUGUUGUUAUGGGUGACAUCUGUGACAUAGUGGCUGAGCAUGCAGAGAAAAACUUUGAGCCAUAUAUUCGCUACUGCAGCAACCAGGCAUUUCAGGAGAGGGCACUGGAAUCUUUGCAGAAGAGAGUGGAGGUUGCGGAAGUGAUGAAGCGGCUAGAGCAGCACAAGGACUGCCAGUAUCUGCCUAUGUCCUCCUUUCUUCUGCUGCCCAUGCAGCGCAUCACGCGUCUUCCUCUGCUUGUUGAUGCUAUUCGCCAUCGCUUGGACUCUGGCUCUCCUCGCCAUGCGUCUGCCACCCGUGCUUUGGAGUACCUUAAUGGUGUUGUCAGGCAGUGCAAUGAGGGUGCCAAAAAGAUGCUGCAGAUAGAACAGAUGUGUCUGCUUAAUGACAGUCUGGAGUUCACCAAGGUCAAGAAAUUCCCACUGGUCUCAUCAUCGCGGUAUUUGGUGAAGCAAGGGGAGCUCACCAGAGUGGUAACUGAGGGCACAAGCCGUAUUCCCUUUGGAAAGGGCUGGCGGGGUCCAGGCAAGGAACAUGUCUUUCUGUUCCUGUGUAGCGACAUUCUCCUCAUCACAAAAAAACGAGGGAAUGUGUACCAAGUGCGAGAUUAUUGUCAACGCAACUCACUACACACAGAACCUAUUGAGAGUGCAGAAAAAAGUCGACACUUGCCUCAGGGAGCUGUGAACUUGAAGCACUUGUUCCUUGUUGCUUUGCUUUCAAACCAUGAGAGCAAACAGGUAGAGAUGGUGCUGUCUGCCAAGUCAGAAAGUGAGCGGACUAGAUGGCUGGAUGCUAUUAUACCUAAACAGUCAAACCCAGAAUAUGAGAGGAUCUAUGAAGACUGGGAUUGUCCUCAAGUACAGUGUGUAGAAAAGUACAUUGCCCAGGAGCCAGAUGAACUAACUCUUGAGGAAUCAGAUGUAGUAAAUGUUUUCAAAAAGAUGUCAGAUGGUUGGUAUGAAGGUGAACGCAUCCGCGAUGGGGAGCGUGGCUGGUUCCCAGCUGACCACACAGAGGAGAUUAAUAAUUCCCAUGUGCGUGCUCGCAACCUUCGCCUUCGAUAUCGUCUCAUGAUUGCAAGCCAGGAGUACACGGAUUUUAAGUUUCCGACCAAGAGCUAGUGUGUGUGUUGUUCUCCUGAUUGGGUAUGAAGUCAGUGAAGCAGACUCUUGCUGAGUUGGUCAUGUUGAAUGACACGCUACUUAUAUAAACAUCAAGAAAAGUCCAUCUCAGAUUAGGCCCCAUGCAGGUUUUUGUGGGUAGGGUGUCAACAACUGUUUACCUGUGUGGCUUAGUCAUUGGUGGGAUGUUUUAGGCUGCUAAACAUACAUCUGUAUGUCAUUAUCUGGAGCAGAUGAGCAGACUUCAUGAUGCCAUUCUUAUUUCUAUUACUGGAACAUAUAUAUACAAACAUAGUCUCAUUUACACCUGCUGAAGCUGUGACUGACAUUAGCACGUAACCUGGUACUUUGGUUUCACACCAAACCUGGGACAUAUGGUAGUUCAAUCUCACACUUGAAGCUGUGACAUAUGGUAGUUUGAUUUUACAUGAAGCUAUGGCCUCUCCAGAUUUAAGUGUCUCCUGGUUUCCUUUUUGCAUAUAAGAGGGCAUUUUUGAACUGUGCUGAUACACUUGACAUUAGCACGUAUAACAAGCAAGUGCUUCAAACCACAUCGUGAAUUUUCACCGUUCUUCUUCUAACAACCCAGACUAUCAAAAUUGUUACAAACUGCCUGACCUUUUUUCUUUUUAACCUUGGUCUAUAAGAAGAUAAUUUAUAUAAAUGGCAUCAGGCAACUUGCACUAUUGUCUGAUCGUUUUUAAAGCAAAUCUUUCAGCAAGUGUGGAGCAUGCUGCAAAUGUGCUGUUGACUCCAUGAUCUGUGAAAGUACUGAUUACUGCACAACUUAGUGAUGGUACUAAUGUGUGCAUUAAUUUGUGAAAGUUUUUGACGGGACCAUGCAAACCAGUGGCAGUGCAGAAGACAGUACUCGUGAGAAGAUGUGCUGAGGACACAUUAGUCUGCAUUAUUGAUGCUGUUGAACACUGCUGAUGUGCUAUGCAAAGUGCCUCAGCAUUUGCAGAUGAAAGCACUUUGCUUGUCUGCUUUUUAUACAUUUUCCACCUACUCUUUUUUUGUUUUUUUGAGAAGAUUUUAAUUCAUUCUGUAGAUUUUUAAAAGUUGUCACAUUGACCAUUGCUUCUUCUUUGUUGCUAGCACAUAAUUUUUCUUUUUUUUUUUUUAGCUGUGUAUGCGAGUUGGGAUUCCAGUUUUCUUUUCUUCCUAUCUUAGAUGCAUUCCUUUUUGGAAGUUGGUGCAAGUUUUGAAAAUGGAUACACAUGUAAUUUCUCUGCUUAAAACCUAUUUUUGCAGAAGUUACAUCAACAGUCAGCAGACAUCUCACAAUAAGCAGUUGUCCUACAGUACAAAGCAUGUGGCAUAUGCAUUGAGAUAUAGGUCUGUCUGUACUUCAGCAGUAACAUGGGCUGCACUUACUUUAUGAUUUAUUUACCUCCCAGUCAUCUUUGCUGUGUAUAAACUAAAAUCUGUCACGUAGAUAAUGCUUGUGUUCAGCUAAAACACUUGGCAGGAUAUAGCACCACAGACUGUAGUAAAAGUGGAGAUUUGGACUGAUGAUUAAUGUCAUCAGUCCACCUUUGGAUAUCAUUUUACCAGAGGGCAUUAGCUUGAUUGUAGGUUGUGCUGUCCUCAAGGCAUUGACUUGAAAAUGAUGGGUUGUACUGUAUCACCAACAGCAGACAAAAACUUGCUCCUUUUUGUCUCUGAAGGAUUAUAUGAGAAGAUGGAUAUCACUUUUACAGAGGUUCAUGUUUGUUGGCAUACUUCACUCAGGCUAUCUAGCAAGUCUGUGGGGUUCCUCAUGUCUGCUACGCUAGAUAUACUGGGAGAAAAAUAGGAUGUAUGGGUGCUGCCAGAAGAUAUACUCUAGAUUACUAUAUACUGUAUACUAUGUAGUAUAUACUAUAGUUUAUUUUGUAUGCAGGUUUCUUUCUGCACUGCUGGUUUUUGUACUAUAUAUAUCAUGCCAGUCAGACAUUUGAAUGGUUUAUAAACUGUGUCCAGCUACAGUUUCACUCUUACAUAUUGCUGCAAACCUUCUGGAUGAGUGUACAUAAAAACAUAUUUUGCAAGCACUCUUACACUGACAUAUGAUGGCAGGCUAAUUUAUCUUUACCUAUAGCAACAUAUACAAAUUAUUACAUGUUUACAUUGUUUGUAAUACAUCAUUACAUUUAGUGGCAGAUACAGUUUAUUACAUAAGCAGAUUAAAUAUCGCAUUACAUAUAAUGGCAGAUGGAUCAUCAUCAUAAAUACAUUAUAUGUUUGCAGGCGUGUAAGUGCCUAGCAUUAUUUUUUUCAUGUGCAUGCUUGGCUGGGAAUUAUCACCAAUCCUGUUGUCCUCAAUAAACUUCAUAGUAACAUCAUCGCAGAGAUAUUCAGUCCCAGGCUUGCUCACAUUUUAGUGAAUGUCUAUAAUCUCAGUUUUCUUAUGAUUUGCUAUGUAUUUUGAGUUUGUAAGCAUUAUAAUGCACACUGUAUUUUUAUGCACUGUAUUUUCAGAAGUAAAACUGUUAUGCUGUGCUGAUGUAAUUCUUGUAGAUGAACUGAUGCUCAAAAUAUGUCUGACUAUAACAAGGUUUGUAUUGCGUUUUACCUGUAAGACAAUACUGUUUUACUUGGAAGACAAUUCAGACAGUUUUACCAGGAAGAUAAUUUUAACAGCUGGUAAACGAUUUGCAGUACAUUUACCAUUGUGCUGAAGUUUCCAGAGAAAUCAGGGCAGUCCAGUCCAUGGACUGAGGAGUACAUAUGCUUUAGAGCUUGGAAAAUUGUUUUCCUUCCACAGUUCCUGAAUUGUGCUUACACAUGUAGUCAAGGGGACAAAUGUGUUGUCCUUCUACAGCUCCUGAACUGUGCUUACACAAGAGGGACAAAUCAUUAUUUUCUUAAACAACAGCACAAGGACAUUACCAUUUGAGAGAGAGCCAGCCUGUGCAAAGUGAGAUAAUGCUUUUAUCGGAUACAUCAUAUCAGGGAAUAUUUCUCAUCAUUAUAUGAGAAGAUGUCUCCACAUCACGCAAAAAAAAAAAAUCACAUAAGUCUGCAGCACAAGAGUUUGCUUUUCUUCACUCCAAGAGAACAUUUCUGCUGCAAAAAAAAGUUUCACAUAGUUUGAUUGGCAUCUAUAUUUCUUGAGUAUUUACUGACUAGUCCCAUCGUUCAAAUGACUGCCUUGUACGUAAUAAGAAAAGCCAAGCUCCAGUUUUGUGGUAGACAGUGACAAACAGCCAGAUAUAUUCUUGACUUGCUGUUUGUGCUGACUGGCAUUCCAGACAGCAUUGUGGUGUUUUGGUUUGGCUCUGUUCUGAUACAAACAUUUGUGCACAGAAGCCAAGCACUUAAUUUGUCUGUCAAUCUAUAUUUAUCAUGCUCAUACUUAAGUAUUAAGAGACUGGAAGUAUCUUAAAAUGUCCCCAUUUAUGUCACAAGGCAUGUGCCUAGAUCUGUCUUACUAGCAUAUGCCUUGUAUAUGUCAACAGGUACAUUGUAUGCUUUUGACAAUAGAAUCACUUUAGCUGUGUGAAUUUAGCUGAUUAAAGUGCCUAGGUCACACACAAAAAUGUAUUCAAAGACAAUUGUGUUACAAGUCAGGAUCACCAAUCUGUGCUUGUGCCAGCAUUUCGUCUUUCUCUGUCAUUGAAAAUGUCUUCUUGUGUCCUUUGGAGUUGUGAAUGUUGUUUAGUAUUCUGUAAGCUUUGGGUGUUAUGGUAUGACUGUCAACGAUGUCUGAUGUCUUCCGUUUGUGAUAAAUUUCUUUUCCCUUUUUGCAAACUGUGUAAAUUGCAUAAGAUGUGCUUAUCUGUCAGUGUGUAUCAUUUGUUGUUCUGUCUUGCUAAAUGUUACAAAUCUGUUACUCGUUGGCUGGUGUCAUACUCUCUAGCCAUCACUACUACUAAAAUUGGUCUGGAAAGUGAAGAUCUUUACUAUGCUUAACAGCAUUUACUUUUUUUUUUGUAAAUAAAAUAAUUUCACAUGGCUGGGCACAAUACUUGACUAGUCAGGCUUUUUUUUUUGAGUAUGUAUAAAUUAAUGUUGGCCUUCAAAAACAAGUACAGAUAACCACAUGCAUAUGCACACACAAGUACCUUCACUAGAGAGAAGAUAUAUGGCAUAUCGAGCUAUACAAGUUUGCUGACAUAUAACAAGUGAAUAUGGAUAACUUUGAGCAUCAAAUUUUAUAGUAAAGAUGAGAGGAGAAGCCAAUAGGUAUCAAUGACUGAACAAAUCAGUGUAGCAGCCACGCUCACUGCUGUUUCUGGAAAUGCUUGGGUCGGUGAUAUAUAUAUACGGCCAGUGCCGUAUGCAAAAAAUAUAUAUCCAGUGUAAAGAAAAUCAUUUAUUUUUCAGUGUUUUAGCCCAGAACUACUUAAAAAAAUCUUUAGGUAUCUUCAAGGUUACAAGCUAAAAAAUGUCAUUAACCCCUUAACCACUAAUAAGCCAUAGCUGCCAGCUCAGAGAGCAAAGCCAUAGACUGCUACAGAAAAACUUAAGGUAGCUACCUGUUUUUGCGAGACAAGUGGUCUUGAGAUACAGUUUUUAAGUACAUGUACAUUUGGACAGUAGGUGCUCAUCAAGGGGACAGUUUCUCAGCAUUGCCAUAGCACUAAGCUGCAGUACUCUAGAUCUAGAGUUCUCUGCCAGGAGCUAUCAUUUGUAGAAUCCAGUGCUUCAGCACACACAGAAAGUCGUGCUUAUAUUUCCAGCAUUCAAGAUCAGUUUGACAUUUAAAAAUUUUUAUAUUAUAAUUUAAUUUUUGGAAUUGUCUUGACAUUUAUAUAGUAUAAAAUAUGAAUGAUGCUCCCUCAUUUGUGCUGAUUAGAUUAUUUUUGUAAAAAUGAAAACUAAAACAAUACUGAAAUUGUGACUUUCUUUGGCCAGAUUUUUGUGUAAGAUAAACAUUUUUGUUCAUAUUUCUUCAUAUACUGAGAGCACAAUGAUUGUUACUCAGCCAUAGGAUGUUUGGCUGAAUCAUACUGCCAAUGUGAUGUGCGUAAUACUGUGAGAAGUAGCAUUACAGUGUGUUUGAGUUAGCUUUAUUAUUCGCACAUUCCUAGUUUUACUUUUCUAGAUGAUCAGGAAUUAACUCUGGGACUUUGUUUUAGUUUGUAAAUGUUUAAUUUAGUUUGUAAAUGUUGGAAAACCUUGCUUUUUAAACUUUGGUUACCCCUACCCUUCUCCAAAUUGUAAUGACCAAAUGUAUCAGUCUGUGAACUCUUGUAACUCUGGUGAUUCUAUGGGAGGACAGUCAUAUCCUGCUUGGUUUCUUUCCACCCUUGAUUAUUUUCAACAAAAUGUUAUCUGAAUGGCAAUCUUUAAAGUUGUACAAUGUAUUUACAGUCUUUCAUAUAUUCUGCCAUUGAUGUGUGCAGCUGUUUUCACAGUUGUUUCAGUAUUGUUUAUAAUUUUGUGUAUAUGAUAGAAUAACCCACAAUAGCUUGCCCGCAACAUCUACAAAUGUUUUAUGCUUUGGUUCGAGUGGAGCUCAUGCUGUAUUUACUGGCUGUCACUGAAAUGUUCCUUUUUGGGGGAAUCUUUAGCAAUAGUCUGCCAUUCCCCUUUAUGUUUAUUUUAAAAGUGUAUCAAAGUCUUUCCACUUUAUGUGCAAUUCACAUGGAUUCACUGUCUUAUUCUUAAUGUUUAUCACUUUUUGCUAAUGUUUCCACAUGUUUGAAGACUUUUCCUCAUGUUUAGAGUGAAAUUUUGCAAAAUGUUAAAGAGAGUUGCCAAACCAAAUAUGCUGGUUCUAAUACAAAGAAAACCUUGAAAAAAUUAGAUUGACCAAGGUUUCAUUGGCUGGUGCUGACCUAGACAGAGACAAGACCUGUUGCCAUGUUUCAUUUGGCCAAUAUUAGUACAGCCACUUCCUUGGAGCAAAAGUUGAGACUUCACAUUAUUUUAUAGGGAAGGGACUCUAAAGUAGAGAGCUCGUACUUUCAUGCUAUGAUCAAAAAGCAGGGAGUUUGCUUCAGACUGUUUUACACAGUCCUUAAUAUUGAAGGUAUUAACAGAAUACACAUGCCUUUUUGUAGCACUUACACUUUUAUCUUGCUAUUUGGAAUGCUAAAGAGUAUUUUAAUGGGUUUUUAAAAAAAUCUUUUAUCACAUAAUGCAUAAUGUUGUACGGAAGAUGAAUAGCUUUCCACCCACUCAUUUUUAUGAGUUUUAUGUAGAAGAAACUUUUGUUUUAUCCUAUACACUAACAACUGCCCCUGUUAUAACACAAUUUUGACCUUUUCCACACAGUGUUCCUUGUUGCAACAGGGCCUUAAUGUAGGCUGUGAAUUAAUUCCCCUGCGGAGAAUACAAGCUCCAAUGGACUGCACAUUUUUAUCGAGGACUAGCUGACAUUGGUGAGAACCAGUUUGUUUUUGUUUUUUUUUAAACAGUAGUGUUUCAUCACACACCUUUCCUCAAGAACAGGAGGCAGUGAAGGACAUAAACCACACCAAUGCAUGUGGAGAGUCUGGUUUUUUUAAAAUUAAUGUUUAUUUUUAUUUUUUGAUGUUUCUGGACAUGCUGCACUAAACUGUUAUGUUUGUAACCAUUUUGUACACACGAUGGCCCAUUUGUAUUUCUGUAAUAAACCUGACUGAGAGACAC